AUGGCGCUCUUUCCUCAGUAUGGGAGCAUCGCAAGGCAUCUAACCCUGGUCUGUGAAAAUGAAAGCCAGAGAACCUUCUAUUCCUCUGAGUUUGUGAUCUGGCCUUGGUGCGGUCAGCCCAACCUGGGCUUGGCUGGUCCAUCAUGUGCUUUGAAACAAGAUAGCACUGAGGGCUCCCAUGGCAACUGGCUCCCCGGGGCAGAGAGGGCGGAGAGGCCCCACUUCUCUGGCAUUGGGGUGACGGGUGUAGCCCUGGGGAGAGAAGUGACAAAGAUCCCUCAUCAUCACCCCAGCAACUCCAACAAGUUAGCAGAUGGGAGGGGCCGGGGCUGUCCAGGGUCCCCUUUCCUGGAACAAGGGGCCUAUUCAUGGGUCCUGAGCAGGGUUCAUUGUCUCCCUGGUGCGUGUCUGUGUGAGUGUGUGGAGAGAGGACGCAGGGAGGAGCCGUGUGCGAACCAGGGAGACCUCAUCUUCCAUCCAAGCCAGCUGGGCUUUUUAAUCAGUGUUGGCUUGAGAACGGGAGCAGAACGCUGCCUGGCAGACCCUGAGGCUUUGCAACAGUGCCACGACCCCUAUGUCUCUCAGGAGGGGCGCUGGUGCUCCCUGCGACGUGGCUGUGCUGUGCUGGGUGCCUUGGGGCUGCUGGCAGGUGCUGGUGUCAGCUCAUCACUCCUAGUGCUCUAUCUGUGGCCAGCUGCUUCUCAGCCCAUUUCCGGGACCGUGCAGGAUGAGGAGGCGCCUUUGAGCUGCUCAGAGGUCAGCAGUGAGGAAGCUCUGCUCCCUGCACAUCCCAAAACAGUAUCUUUCAGAGUAAACAGCGAGGACUUGUUGGAAGUGCAGGUGAGGGCCAGGCAAGACUGGCUCCUGGUAUGCUAUGAGAGCUGGAGCCCUGCCCUGGGGGUGCGGAUCUGCCGGAGCCUUGGGCAUCUCAGUCUCACUUACCAUGAGGGAGUGAACCUGUCUGACAUCAAGCUCAACAGCUCCCAAGAGUUUGCUCAGCUCUCUCCUAGGCUACGAGGCUUCCUGGAGGAGGUAUGGCAGCCCAGGAACAAUUGUACUUCCGGUCAAGUUGUUUUCCUCAAAUGCUCUGAGUGUGGGGCAAGGCCCCUGGCUUCCCGGAUAGUUGGUGGGCAGGCUGUGGCUCCCGGACGCUGGCCGUGGCAGGCCAGUGUGACCCUGGGCUCCCGGCACACGUGUGGGGGCUCUGUGUUGGCGCCUCGCUGGGUGGUGACUGCUGCACACUGCAUACACAGUUUCAGGCUGUCCCGCCUGUCUAACUGGCGGGUUCACGCGGGGCUGGUCAGCCACAGCACUGUCAGGCCACACCAGGGGGCUGUGGUGGAGAGGAUCAUCCCCCACCCCUUCUACAGCGCCCAGAAUCACGACUACGAUGUGGCCCUCCUGCGGCUCCGAACCCCACUUAACUUUUCAGACACCGUGGGUGCCGUGUGCCUGCCGGCUGAGGAGCAAGAUUUUCCGAGGGGCUCACAGUGCUGGGUGUCCGGCUGGGGCCACACCGACCCCAGCCAUACCCACAGCUCAGACACGCUCCAGGACACGGUGGCACCCCUGCUCAGCACCCAGCUCUGCAACAGCUCCUGCGUAUACAGUGGAGCCCUCACUGCCCGCAUGCUGUGUGCCGGCUACCUGGACGGGAGGGCUGAUGCAUGCCAGGGGGAUAGCGGGGGCCCCUUGGUUUGCCCAGAUGGGGGCACAUGGCGCCUGGUGGGGGUGGUCAGCUGGGGUCGUGGCUGCGCAGAACCUAAUCACCCGGGUGUCUACGCCAAGGUAGCUGAGUUCCUGGACUGGAUCCACGACACUGCUUGGGACUCCCUCCUCUAG